CUAAUAAAUUCGAUUCGCUUAACAAUUUCCAUUCUACGUUCUACAUUUACUUGUUCUCCAGCCAAGAACAGACGCGCCGGCUUUCCCCGCUACACCUUCUUCGGGUCAUCGGUUUCUUAUUGUCGGUGAUCUGCUUCCUGAGCAAAUAAGGAUAAUUACUGUUUAUCAAACUUUGAGUCAUGGCUGAGGAGGGUCACAAGGUCACCUUGAAUGUUUAUGAUUUGAGCCAAGGUCUAGCGCGACAGCUUUCCACRGCAUUCCUUGGGAGACCAAUCGAGGCCAUAUGGCACACAGGAAUUGUUGUGUAUGGCAACGAAUAUUAUUUUGGAGGAGGUAUUCAACAUGAUCCCGCUGGAAGUACUCCAUAUGGAAAACCGAUGCGGGUGAUAGAUCUAGGAAYGACGCACGUUCCCAAAGAUGUUUUUGAGAUGUACUUGCAGGAAAUCGGCCCUCGCUAUACAGCCGAAACCUAUAGUUUGCUCUCACAUAAUUGCAACAACUUCAGUAAUGAAGUUGCACAGUUUUUGGUUGGUGCAACCAUUCCUGAUUACAUUCUUGACCUCCCUAAUGCAGUUAUGAGCAGUCCUAUGGGUGCCCUCAUUAUGCCCAUGAUUCAGAAUCUGGAAACUACAUUGAAGGCAGGUGCGGUUCCGAUGGCACCACAGUUCCAUCCUGCUUCAGCGGUUCAGCCAGCUCCAACAGCUAGCAUCCCUAGAUCGUCAUCAGGGUCGUCACCUACCUCUACGACUCAGGUGGUUGUCGAAGCAAAGUCUGAGUCCAGCCGUAGUCCAUCAGGUAAAAAGGAAGAUGAUGCCAAGCCACUUAAGAAGUCAACACCUGCAGGACCAUUGAAUACAAAUGGGACUGCUGACCCGCUCGGGGAUGCUCGUAGCAAAGUGCAGGAAGAAAUCGGCCGAGAAUUUGCGGCGAUCAUGGCAACGGGGACCCUGCGAGCAAGCGAAGCAGCAGCACUGGCAACAAAAAGAGUGAUGCAGAAGUAUGGGCAUGCAACCCUAUCACAGGGCUAGUGAUUCAUUUUAAUUUUAUACGUUUGCGGAGGAGAGGGAUGUAUCUCAUGGGUUUAAAAGUUAAGAAACCAUGCGAUUUAAAUCAAGUUCCAUUCUAUUAAUGGUACUUGAAGAACUUUGGGUGGAGUCGUUUACCAAAUAUGAACUUGGAAGUCGGAACCCUUUGCAUAUGGAAAUCUGAUUUGUGAUUUCUAUGAAUAUAUAGUUUUUCGAGGAUUUUAACUCAA